UCAAAUUGAACGCUAAAACUAAGCGCUAGCGCAUAAGCUUAACGAGUGUAGUGCCGUUAGGAAGUGCCACUUAAYGCGCGAGUCACGUUCGGUAGUGAACACCCGAGUGCUAGGAUUCAUACAUACGUAUAGUGUACCGCUCGAUUUGUGAUUGCCAUAGUACUGAAGUGRUUAUUAAGUGGAGCAACAAGGGCUAAUAUGGGCACAAGUAGGCGCUCCUCAAGCUUGGCAAAGUUAUUGCCGCCCACAUUUGGUAGACGACAUUUACAAUGCUUUUUGAUGUUUAUCGGUUUCGCCGCCGCAUUUUCGAUGCGCGUUAAUCUCUCCGUCGCAAUUGUCGCGAUGAUGGACCGCAAAGCAGCAAAUCCUGAUUUCCCAGAAUACCACUGGUCGGAAGAGACUAAGUCGCGCAUACUCAGCAGCUUCUUUUGGGGCUAUAUUUGCACGCAAAUUCCCGGCGGCAUGCUGGCGCGGCGUUUCGGCGGCAAAGUGAUGCUGUUUAGUAGUUUAUCUAUAAGCAGCAUAAUGGCGCUGCUGACUCCACUCGGCGUCGCCUAUGGYGACUGGAAGUUGCUUUGUUUUAUGCGUUUCCUACAGGGUUUCGGCCAAGGUGUUACUGUGCCGUCCAUGCACACUCUACUCGCCAAAUGGGCACCGGUAACGGAACGUGGCUCKUUGGCUACCUAUGCUUAUUCAGGUGCACAAUUCGGUACUGUUAUAAUGUUAGCUUCAAGCGGCUGGCUCGCUUCCUCAUUCAUGGGCUGGCCAAGUUGUUUCUACAUACCCGGCGGUUUGGGUCUYACCUGGACGGUUUUGUGGAUAAUUUGGGGAGCAAGUUCGCCCAGYGAAUGCAAAAAUAUUACUGUAGCCGAACGUGCACUCAUUGAGGGUUCACUGCAGCAGAACACUAAAUCGCAUGAUGAUGAAAAACCCAAUUUGCCCAUACCCUGGAAGAGUAUAUUCACAUCCGUACCAUUCUUAGUGCUAAUGGCGACACAUUGUGCUUCAACUUGGUGCUUUUGGACGUUGCUCACACAAAUACCAACGUAUAUGAAGAGCGUUCUCGGUAAGGAUAUCAAAAGUAAUGCGCUGCUCUCGGCAUUACCCUACUUCACGAUGUUGAUUUUGGGUUUGGCGUGUGGACCGUUGAGUGAUUUCUUGGAGAAGGGCAGCCAUUUGAGCGCGACCACAAGUCGGAAGAUUUUCAACUCCAUUGGUCAAUGGGUGCCRGUGCUCACCUUGAUUUGGUUGGGUUAUAUAACACGUGAACAAGCGGACUUAGCGGUUUUCUUGUUAACCUUCACCGUGAGUAUCAGCACGACAAUGCAUUUGGGCUGGCAAGUGAAUCACAUUGAUUUGGCACCAAACUUCGCCGGCACGCUCGUUAGUCUGACCAACUGUGCGGCGAAUGUUUGCAGCAUUAUUGCACCUUUAAUUGUGGGAUUUGUCGUCACCGAUACGAGUAACCCCAACCAGUGGCGCAUAAUAUUUUUCAUGGUGGCUGGCAUCAACUUUUUCGGUAACCUGAUGUUCGUUCUAUUCGGCACCGCCAAAAUGCAGCCUUGGAAUAAUGAGCGCGAACCAAAAGUUAUUGACAAUAAAAUCGAUACAGAGAAGGCGCAAGAAAUGGAACCGCUAAAUGAGGAAACAGCUGAUGUUCCCAUAACUAAAGCAGAGUCGCAAAUGGUGGUUUGAUUUUUAGUUAGUAUUUUGUCRGUCAGUAGUUGUUGAAUUAGCUUACUUGCAGUAUUAUUAAGAUAAAAUUUUCCUUGUGAUUAUACUCCGUAGAUGUAGUUUUAAGUAGUUUUAGUAUACUAUCUUGAAUUUAAGCUUUAGUUAAAAAUAUUUUAUUGGUGUUAGGUAUUUUGUAAGUAAGCAAUAUUUACACCGAAACCUUUGGUCUGUAGUGACCUUCAAUAUUUUAGCUAACGAGAACUCUUCAAAUUGAAUUUGUAAAUGGUAGUGAGCACCUUUUCAUGAUAAUAAUAUGAUUUUGUAUUAGAAAUUUAUAAAAUUGGAUAAAUAAACCCUCAACCUCUAUAUAUGUGA